UGUAUAAAAGAAUAAAUAAUUAAAAAAAUUAUUUGAAAAAGUAUUUAUAAAUAUGAAAUAGAAGAAGUAAAAAAAAAAAAAAAAAAAGAAGAAGAAGAGAGUUCUUAAGAAAAAAGGAUAAAUUGUCGGAGUCAAUACACUUUAACCAGAAAGAAUGCAGUAACAGAAGAAAAACAGAGAAUGCAUAAUCUACUUGUACGAGGAAGAAUUGUGAUUGCUGCUCGUAGAUCUUCCCGUCCACCAUCUGCAGUCAGAAUGUCGGCCACCUGCCCUAUGUAUUUUCUCCUUUAUUACUCGUGAGCUGCAAAGGAAGGUCCCAAUAUUAUUAAAUAUUAAUGUUUUACCGUCUCUUUUGUUAAGAACACUCAGGCCUGUUUUUUCUUUUAUUUUUUUUAUCUCGGAAUUAAUUUCUACUCUUCUUUGUGUAUAUCAAAGAAUUUUUUAUUAACUCAAUUAUUAUCCUGACAUUAUGUAAUUAUUGUUAUUAUCUUUGAUUAAAAUUAAUAUAUAUAUAUACAUAUAUUGAUAUACUAUAUAUUCAACGUUCAAGUUGGCUUUUCUCCAAUAGAAUAUUAACAAGAAAAUGGAUAAUCAGAUCAAUACAAACAAAACUUUUGAGAAAUUAGGACUUGGUAAACAAUGUUGUCAUACUUAGUUUGUGAUGAUUUUCAUUUUAUCUUGCCAUCAUUUGAAAAUGUAAAGUUUUUUUUUUUUUUUUUAAUUUCCUUUAGCUGUCCAGAUUAAGAGAGAGAUCAAUGACAUGCUUAUCAAGUUAACAUAUUUGUUUUUCUUAUAUUUGUUUACUUUUACUUUUUUAUUAUUGUUGUUAAAUGGGCAAGUUGCAAUUUCUUAAUGUAUUAUCUUUCCACGUAAAGAAAGUUUUGGACCAAUCCGAAUCAACUUAUUUACUUUUUUACUAAAAUUCUUUGAAUCCUUCAUGCGAUAUUUUCAUAUAUUCACUUUCAACGACAGAUAUUAGGAAGUUGCGUAAGAAAAUAAUCUACCUUACCUCUGUUUGUAUAUUAUAUCUCAAGCUCUCCAUAGAAUUAUUAUGUUUUCAUCAAUGGAGGAAACAUGGGUAUGCAUUCUUUUCACAACAUUUGUCAUUCUACUCCUUUCAAGGCAUUUUUGGUCCAAAAGAACAACAUACAGAAAUCUGCCACCAAGCCCGCCUAAACUUCCUAUAAUCGGACACCUUCAUCUCAUGAAAGAACCCGUCCACCGAUCUUUACAAGAUCUAUCAAACAAGUAUGGUCCAAUCAUCUUUCUCUCGUUUGGUUCCCAGCCUGUAAUAAUCAUAUCAUCACCUUCUCUAGUUGAAGAAUGCUUCACUAAAAAUGAUAUUGUCUUAGCAGAUAGGCCUCGUCGUCAGGCUGGUAAGUAUCUCCAUUAUGACUACACCACAAUUGGGGCUGCUAACUAUGGCGAUCUCUGGCGCAAUCUACGCCGCCUCGCUACAGUCGAAAUAUUGUCGACAAACCGCCUCAACAUGUUUCAUGGGAUUAGGCAAGAAGAAGUCAGAAUGCUAGUUAAGAAUCUGUUUCAGAGUGCAGGUCAGGUUUCCGCAAAAGUGGAGAUGAAAUCCAGGUUAGUAGGACUAUCUUUUAACAUCAUUAUGAGGAUGGUUGCAGGAAAGCGAUAUUUUGGUUCUGAAGUGAAAGAUGUUGAAGAGGCCACGCAAUUUCAUGAUGUGAUAAGGGAGACGUUUGUUCUAAGUGGUGCCGCAAACCUUGGGGACUUCUUUCCACUUAUACGAUGGCUAGAUUAUCGUGGAAUUGAGAAGAGGUUGGUGUCAGCUCGGAAAAAUAUGGAUUUAUUAUUUCAGCGUUUGAUUGAUGAGCACCGGCAUAAAAGGGGUUCUUGUCUAGAAGACAAAAGCUGCAAGACAAUGAUUGAUGUUGUACUGUCUUUACAAGAGUUCCAACCAGAAUACUACUCGGAUGAAAUUAUCAAAGGCCUUAUAAUGGCAAUGCUCACUGCAGGAACAGACACAUCGGCAGUUACAAUAGAGUGGGCUAUGUCACUCUUGCUCAACCAUCCUAAAGCUCUAACCAAGGCCAGAGCCGAAUUGGACAUCCAUGUUGGUCAGGAUCGUUUGGUAGAUGAGCAAGAUCUCCCAAAGCUACAGUAUCUCCAUUGCAUAAUCAAUGAGACCCUUCGCUUGUUUCCAGCUGCACCACUCCUAGUACCGCAUAAAUCAUCUGAUGACUGCAAAAUUGGAGGGUUUGAUAUACCGCAAGGCACCGUCUUAUCUGUCAAUGCCUGGGCCUUGCAUAGAGAUCCUAAGAUAUGGGAAGAUCCUAAUAGUUUUAGACCUGAAAGAUUUGAAGGCAUUAAGUAUGAGACAUGUCUGUUGGUUCCAUUUGGUUUGGGAAGGAGGAGUUGCCCUGGAGCUGGACUUGCUAAUAGAGUGGUGGGAUUAGCAUUAGCUGCCCUGAUUCAAUGCUUUGACUGGGAGAGGAUUACUGAAGAAGAAAUUGACAUGUUAGAAGGGCCUGGACUCACUAUGCCUAAGGUUCAGCCUCUAGAGGCAAUGUGCAAAAUACGUGAGUCAAUGAUCAGUGCAAUCUUAUCAUAGCUUGAUCUUGAAGUGUUUGUUUACUUUUCUUUUUCUUUUUUUCUUUCUUAUAUGUUGACAGUAAAAUCAAGUAUGUCUAUGUACAAAUUAACUAUAGCAGAUAUUAUUAAGUAAAAAUAUAUAGUAGAGGUAAGUCAAGAAUGAGAGUCUGUAUAAAUAUAAUUAUGUAGGUAAAUACUCACUAUACAAAAUGCCUACUCAGUAAGGAUUUUACAGAAAUCGCAGAAGUGUGGAGCAGAUGAGUCUUGGACAAACAUCAUCUGCAAGGACGCAGAGUACCAGGACCAUAUUUUAAUACCACGUCUACUUAUGUAACUUUAGGCUAGUUGUUAGAUGUUAGUUGUGAUACUCUCACAUAAAAGUACGAGAGGACUUCUCUCUUCUGAGAAAAGGAUGCACAGUUAUGACACUUCCAAGUUCGAUAUGGAUCGUCAUUCAUGGUUUUA